AUGUUCGGGUGAAGCAGGGAGCCAGCCGAAGGGCCCCUUGGCUGAGGCUGCUGCCGAGGCAACAUGCGAAAGCUCAACCUCAUCGCGCUGCUUUUUGCCCUGUGGCUGGCCGGAGGAUCUGCCCAGAACGACAGCUCUGAAAAUGGUUCAGGAGAUGGAUCACUGAUAUUAUCCACCAUUACAGUAAUGCCUCCUCCUGCUACGCCUUCUUCGACCGCGGGCAACCACGAGCCAGUACCUGUCACUGCAGGCAUUACUGAAAGCAGCUUUGAAGUGAAAAGCACUCCAAGCACUGAACUGAACGCUGUGAACAACCAGGACACCCUAGAAGCAACGGAGCAGCCUAUCUUGAUGUACACUGUCCCCAUCGUGCUGCUGGUCCUGCUGAUGUUGCUGCUCAUAUUUUUUGUAAUACAUCAUAAAAGGAAAAAGUCUAAGCAAGAUGAGCUGGGAAGCGAAAAUGUGAAAAGUCCUAUUUUUGAAGAAGACACGCCCUCUGUUAUGGAGAUAGAAAUGGAAGAGCUUGAUAAAUGGAUGAACAGCAUGAACAAAAAUGCUGACUGUGAAUGUUUGCCUACUGUACGAGAAGAAGAAAAAGAAUCAAUUGCCAAUCCAAG